GGAUACACAUUCCAAAAAUUUUGAAAUAUGUCACAAUAUCUUGCGAAAGAAUUAAAUGGAGAAAAGGCUACGCAUCUUAAAAUUUGCAUUGAGACCAUACGUGCCAAUAUUGAGAAAUUGGAAAAAUUUGCGAACGAUAAUUGUGAUGGACUGCAUUUAGAUAGCCUUAAACAACAAACUGAUAAACUUCUUCAUUUCGCAGAGCAGGCACCGCUGGAAAAAAUUGCAAAAUUAUUGCAGAGAAAUAAGCUCAAACGCCUGAAAAAGAAAGCUAAGUUAAAAAUAAUUAAAUCUAAUUUAAAACUUCGGAAUAAGUCAAUGAAUCUAACAGCUUCAACGAAAUCAAAUAUAAUACAUAACUCCGAAAUACCUUCAAAACCCUCGACUUACAAAGCGCUUAUAAACUAUCAAGCGGAAUCAUUACAACCCAAACUUCAUAAGCGCUUAUUAAAACGACAUGAUGCUCAACGUUUCCUUGAGACAUUUGAAUUAUUAAAGACAUUGCAUAUUUCUCGUGAACAGAAUGCAGAAAACACGAAGAAAUUUACAGAACAACUUAAGAAUCUGCGAUUCUCUUGGAGCAAAAUAUUAGAAGAGAACGAAUCUGAAUGUGCACAAGAACAGCAUGUUGAAGAUCAGUGGAACGAGAUUUUCUUUGGCGUAGAUUUACGUCCACACCAUUGUACUGAGCAAAAAAUGGCAGAUUUCCUGCGGAUUCGCCGAAUUUGGGAUAGUUUUAUAACACGAAGUAAACAUGGAACAUUCAUACCGUGUGGUUGGGUCCUUCCUCCAGAAAAUCCUGCAAUCGAAUGGGUACCAUAUAGGACAUCUAAUUAGCUGAAAAACCACUUGUUGCUUUUAUUAAUGCAUUGUAUUUCAUUAUUUUAAUUUUUUUAACAUAAUCAUUACUAUUUUUGCCUCAUCCUUCAACUUUCUGAAAUCUUUUUUAUUUAUAGAAAUAAAAUAAUAGUUUUUAUAUAACAUCA